AUGAACACGCAUGUCCGCCACGCAGAGCAGCGGCGUUGCCACGGGAGCCCCCUUGCUGCUGGUGACGGGCCACCUGUAGGACUCUGCUCGGGGCCUCCGCCACCUGUUCUCUGGACUCUGUCUCUCCAGCAGGGGCUCCAGGUAGACCUGCAGCAGAGCCAUCUAGACCCCACCGCCAAGGACCCCCAUGCCAAGGACCCCCAUGCCAAGGACCCCACCGCCAAGGACCCCACCGCCAAGGACCCCCAUGCCAAGGACCCCACCGCCAAGGACCCCACCGCCAAGGACCCCCAUGCCAAGGACCCCACCGCCAAGGACCCCAUCGCCAGGACCCCCAUCGCCAAGGACCCCCAGCACCCCCAUGCCAAGGACCCCCAUGCUAAGGACCCCGCCGCCAAGGACCCCGCCGCCACGGACCCCACCGCCAGGACCCCCACCGCCAAGGACCCCCACCGUCAGGACCCCACCGCCAGGACCCCCAUCGCCAGGACCCCCACCGCCAAGGACCCCCACCGCCAAGGACCCCCACCGCCAGGACCCCCAUCGUCAGGACCCCCAUCGCCAGGACCCCCACCGUCAGGACCCCCACCGUCAGGACCCCCACCGCCAGGACCCCCAUCGCCAGGACCCCCACCGCCAGGACCCCCACCGCCAAGGACCCCCACCGCCAAGGACCCCCACCGCCAAGGACCCCCACCGCCAAGGACCCCCAUCGUCAGGACCCCGAUGGGCCGACCGGAGCAGCUGUGA